AUGCCUCGUACUCGCCCCCGACGACUCGACCACGUUCAAAGCAUCGGUGUCGACCAGAUGGCGCAAAUCGCCGAUGCAGCCAGCAACGACUACCUACGCCUGGAAAGCCUGGAUGUCAACAUCCCUCCCGAUCCAGAGGCUCUUGCUUACACCAAGCGCGCUGUCACCGACGAUCCGUGUAACAGUUACCUCCCAUUCACCGGCAAAGCGCGUCUGAGAGACGCCGCUGCCAGACACGUCUCGCAGGUGUCUGGCAUGGCAUAUUCCGGCGAGCGUAACUGCGUUAUCUCCGUGGGUGGGCUAUCAGGCAUCCUGAACGUUCUGCUGGCAACCAUUGAAGAAGGCGACGAGGUGAUAUUGACGGAUCCGACAUACCGGGGCCUCAUCAAUCGUGUCUUGCUCACUGGCGGCGUCCCCAAGCUUGUGCCCUUCACCUUCGAGCCGGGGAAGGAGUGGAGACUAGAUCAAGCUGCACUGCGGGCGGCUGUUACCGAUCGGACUACUGCGAUGCUGCUCAUGUCACCGUCGAUGCCGAGCGGGGGCUAUUUCACCCUGGAGGACUGGACCCUCAUUGCGGAAAUCUGCGUACAGAAAGACCUGCUUCUUAUCCUGGACGCUGCAAUGGAGCGUCUGGUCUUCGAUGCGCGGCCGGUGAUACACCCAGCCAGCUUGCCUGGCAUGUUCGAGCGGACAGUCACCGUAGGCUCCUCGGCGAAAGAGCUGCGGAUGAUCGGAUGGCGUGUCGGCUGGAUCGUUGGACCAGAGAACCUAAUCAGGGACAUUGCGGCUGUCUCUAUGGCCAAUGUCGUCGUACCUGUGGGUAUCGCUCAGGAAGCAGUCGCCGUUGCACUCGACAGGUCUCCAGAGACUAUGGCGCCGUAUGUGGCUGAACUGCAAGCGCGCCGUGAUCUUGUCGUCGCGGAACUCGACGGAUUGCCCGUUGGCGUUCCGGCUGGUGGAUGGAGCCUGCUUCUCCGUGUGAGCGACUUCGGGCUGGACGGGAGCACCGCGUCGAAGCGUCUGCUGGGACAGGGGGUGUGCGCAACUGCAAUGGAUGGAUGGGGAGAGGUGCAUGGCAGCCAGUACAUCCGAUUUGUUUUCUCCAAUGAGUCCACUGAGAGGCUGAAGGGGCUGGGUGUCAAAGUCCGGAAAGCGUUGGAUAUUCCGAGUGACUAG